GGAAGAGCCCUAAAGAAGAUAAAAGACACCAUAAACCUAUAAGCCUUCUUCUUCUUCACCAGCACAGAAAUUUCCAGCUGCAGCAGCAAUGGGAAUCGAUUUGAAAGCUGGUGGAAAGAGCAAGAAGACCAAGCGAACCGCUCCUAAAUCACAGGAUAUAUAUCUUAAGCUCAUCGUCAAGUUAUACCGUUUCCUUGUACGGAGAACUGGAAGCAAGUUCAAUGCCGUCAUCUUGAAGCGGCUUUUUAUGAGCAAAAUUAAUAAGGCUCCUAUUUCCCUUUCCAAACUUGUCAAGUUUACUGAAGGAAAGGAGAACAAGAUUGCUGUCGUCGUUGGAACCAUAACUAAUGAUAUCAGAUUGAGUGAAGAUGUUCCUGCUUUGAAGGUUACAGCUUUAAGGUUUACUGAGUUAGCUAGAGCAAGAAUUGAGAAGGCUGGUGGUGAAUGUCUUACAUUUGAUCAGCUCGCUCUAAGAGCUCCUCUUGGACAAAACACGGUGCUUUUGAGAGGUCCGAAGGAUUCUCGAGAAGCAGUGAAACAUUUUGGAAAAGCUCCCGGUGUGCCCGACAGUAACACUAAGCCUUAUGUUCGAUCGAAAGGAAGGAAAUUCGAAAAGGCUAGAGGAAGAAGGAAGAGCAGGGGUUUCAGGGUCUAAGUUGUUUUGUUCAUCAAAUGAUGCAGAAUUUUGUUUGCUCUUAUUCUGUUUUUUUUAGACAAAUCUUAAUCCUGGUUCCUUCUUGAAUUAAUGAGUAUAAUUUUUGACAGUUUUAGAGCCUUGUUGGUUAAUUGAAAAUUAUUGUUGUUAAAACAUAGUGAUUUGAGUUUAAGAUUUGUUAUGUUCUUAA